AUGGCAGCUGUAGCUCCCCCCGUCCUCUCUCGCAACCGGAUUGAGCCCGGUUCCUUCAACGUCCCCGUGGGCAAACUGCCCCAGUCAGCAACAACAACCUCCCUCGACGCAGACAAGGUCGCAACAGAGCUCAUCUCGCAGCUAAACUCUUCCCUAUCGAAGAGGGACUAUGACGCCAUCUCCGAUCUCUUCCUCGAAAACGGGUACUGGCGUGACCAUCUCUGUCUCUCGUGGGACCUCCACACAUCCAAAGGGAGAGGACAGAUCUCUGACUUCCUCCGCAAGAACCGCCUACCUAUCCAGAUCGAGAUUGAUCGGUCCUCCUCCUUUCGAGCUCCCCAGAUCGCGCCUAUUGAUGGCUUUGGGGAUGUGAAGGGGAUUCAAUUCUUCGGGACGGUCGUCACGGAUGUCGGAUUAGGGCAGGCUGUUGUGCGCCUGGCGGAGGAGAAGGAUGGGAAGUGGAAUAUUUUUACUUUGUUUACCUCCUUGCGUAAAAUAAAGGGUCACGAGGAGUUGGUUAAUCAGCGACGACCGAAGGGUGCUCAGCAUGGAGCUCGUUCGAAGAGGGAGAACUGGCAGGAUCGGCGGGAUGCUGAGGUGAAUUUUGAAGGAAAAGAUCCUGCUGUUCUUAUAGUUGGUGCCGGGCAAGGCGGCCUCACAGCCGGUGCGCGUCUUAAAAUGCUCGACGUCGACACACUCAUCAUCGACGCUGAAGAUCGCAUCGGCGACAAUUGGCGUCGAAGAUACCACCAGCUCGUCCUCCAUGACCCCGUCUGGUUCGACCACCUGCCCUACCUCGAGUUCCCGCCAAGCUGGCCCAUCUUCACGCCAAAGGACAAGCUGGCUGAUUUCUUCGAGGCCUAUGCCAAACUCCUCGAGCUGAACGUCUGGGUCAAGACAGGCAUCAAAUCCGCAACCUGGCACGACGACAGGAAACAGUGGACGGUCGUCUUGGAGCGACGCAAGGAAGACGGCUCCACCGAACUCCGCACCUUUCACCCACGCCAUAUUAUCCAAGCCACCGGCCACUCGGGGAAGAAGAAUCUGCCCAGUUUCCGUGGGGUAGAGACGUUCAAGGGCGACCGUAUCUGCCACAGUUCUGAAUUUCCGGGAGCCAAGCCGAAUUCCAAGGGGAAGAAGGCCAUCGUUGUGGGAUCGUGCAAUUCCGGUCACGACAUCGCACAGGAUUACUAUGAGAAUGGAUACGAUGUGACCAUGGUACAGCGGAGUUCGACCUGCGUCGUGUCUUCCCAGUCCAUCACAGAUAUCGGUCUCCGGGGGCUCUACGACGAGAACGGCCCACCAGCCGACGACGCUGAUCUGAUCCUCUGGUCCUUCCCGACGGAGGUAUUCAAGGCGCAACAGGCCAAGAUCACGGCACUUCAAAACAAGAACGAUGCCAAGACUCUCGAGGGCUUGAAAAAGGCCGGGUUCCAGGUGGACAAUGGCCCGGAUAACGGCGGGUUGCUUGUGAAGUACCUCCAGCGGGGAGGCGGGUACUAUAUCGAUGUCGGUGCCAGUCAGCUCAUCGUCGACGGGAAGGUCAAAGUGAAGCAGGGACAGGAGAUUGCCGAGAUUCUGCCGAACGGGAUCAAGUUCGCGGAUGGCUCUGAGUUGGAGGCCGAUGAGAUUGUCUUUGCAACGGGGUAUCAGAAUAUGCGGACGCAGGCACGGAUUAUCUUUGGGGAUGAGGUUGCGGACCGGAUUGGGAAUGUCUGGGGCUUCGAUGCUAACGGGGAGAUGAGGACUAUCUGGCGCCGUAGUGGUCUUCCGGGAUUUUGGUUCAUGGGGGGCAAUCUGGCCCUGGCGAGGUAUUAUUCUCGGAUUCUGGCGUUGCAGAUCAAGGCAUUAGAGAUUGGUGCUGCUGUUUAG